AUGAUGCCAUCCACCACAGUGCUGGGGGUCUGUUCCCCGGAGCCGCCUUCCCCGGGGGGGUGUUCCCGGGAGCCGCCUCGGCCGCGGCGCUCAAGGCUGCUGCAAAAGCUGGUGCUGGGAUUCCUGGUGCUUUUCCAGGCGGUGUACUCCCCGGAGCAGGUGUUCGCUUCCCUGGAGUGGGAGUGCUGCCUGGAGUCCCCACUGGAGCUGGAGUCAAGCCUAAAGCCCCAGGUAGGUCCCCUCAGUCGCCUUGGAACACUGGGGGUUCUCACUGGGCUGCAGCUUGGUACCCCAGCCCAGCUUUUGGGGUCACAGCCCUACAGGGCACUUGGCAGAGUUGGAGCCUUCGGAGGAAUCCCUGGUGGCUAUGGACUACCCUACACCAAUGGUAAGCUGCCCCAUGGCCUCAGGCCCGGCGGGAUAGGAGCCGGCCUCCUGGCAGGAAAGGCAGGAUACCCCACCGGGACAGCUCCGGGGAUGCUGGUGUCCCCGCUGACCGCGCUGUCUCCGCGGCAGGAGCCGGCGUCUUGCCCGGCGUUGGCGGCAUCCCGGGAGUUGCACCCGGUGUCGGCAUCGGUGGCAUCCCAGGAGUUGGAGUCGGAGGACCGGCAGCGGCGGCAGCAGCAGCGAAGGCAGCGGCAAAGGCAGGAGCUUUUGGGGUGCCGUCGGCAGCGGCAGCAGCGAAGGCAGCUAAGUGUUGGUGUUCCUGGCAUUGCUGGUGUCCCUGGUGUCCCUGGAGUUCCUGGAGUUCCUGGUGUCCCUGGUGUCCCAGGCGUUCCUGGUGUGCCUGGGGUUCCCGGUGCUGUGCCCGGUGUUGGAGUGGGUGGCCCAGCAGCAGCGGCCGCAGCCAAGGCUGCAGCGAAAGCGGCGGCGAUCGGAGCAGGAGGCGUGCCCGGCAUCGGUGUGCCCGGCGUCGGUGUGCCCGGUGUCGGUGUGCCCGGCGCUGGCAUCCCCGGAGUGGGUGUUCCUGGAGUGGGUGUGCCUGGUGUUGGCGUGCCUGGUCUGGUGCCUGGGGUCGGCCCAGCAGCCGCUGCCAAAGCAGCCGCCAAAGCAGCCAAGUACGGAGUAGGUGGCCUGGCUCCUGGCGUGGGUGGCCUGGCUCCCGGCGUGGGUGGCCUGGCUCCUGGCGUGGGUGGCCUGGUUCCUGGAGUAGGUGGCCUGGUUCCUGGUGUUGGAGGUGUCCCAGGUGAGGAGGAGGAAGGCGAAUGUGAGGGCAGCCUGACUGGUGUGGGGGGGCUGACCCCCCCUUGCUGUCUGUGCCCAGGUGUUGGAGGUCCAGCAGCAGCAGCCAAAGCAGCAGCCAAGGCAGCUAAAUUUGGUGCCAGGGUUGGGGGGGUGCCAGGGGCCGUACCUGGCGUGGGCGGAGUGCCUGGAGUGACACCCGGUGUUGGUGGCGUGCCCGGCUUGGUGCCAGGGGUAGGAGUACCUGGAACUGGCAUCGUUCCCGGGGCAGGCAUCCCCCAAGUAGGGGUGCAGCCUGGUGCUAAACCUCCCAAAUUCGGUGUUCCUGGGGUUGGAGUCCCAGGGGUUGGUGGCCUCCCAGGCUACUCCUUGUAG